AUGGAAGAAGAAAUACUGAGUGUGAUUUCAAGUGGCGAAGCGAAAGUGAAUUCGGAUAUUUUGGAUUCGAUUAGCACCUCAAAUCGAGCAAACAAACGCCAAAGGUGUGGUGGUGUCAAAGGCAAUUCGUCACAAUUCAAAGGCGUUAUGAGACAGAAGAACGGACAAUGGGGUGCUCAGUUAUACGCCAAUCAUACCCGAAUAUGGCUUGGAACUUUCAGAUCAGAAAUAGAUGCAGCCAUGGCCUAUGAUAGCGCAGCAAUCAAGUUCCGUACCGGAGACACUCACCGUAACUUUCCCUGGACCGGAAUCAAGAUCGAGGAACCGACGUUUCUGAGCCAUUACAGUUCUGAAGCUGUCCUUAGCAUGAUAAGGGACGGUUCUUACCAACACAAGUUCAUGGAAUACAUCAAGGCUCGCUCUAGAAUUAAUGCAAAACCAGGCGUUGGUAUCAACUCAAUGGGGACUUACAGCAAUCAGGGGCUAAUUUGCAAAAAAUUGUUCGAAAAAGAGCUAACGCUGAGUGAUGUCGGUAAGCUUAGUAGGCUCGUUGUCCCCAAAAAAUACGCAGUCAAGUACUUUCCCCCGGUUGGCGGGAACAGCGAUGUCGUUGGUGAUCGAAAAACAAAUGAUGUAGAGCUGGUUUUCUACGACAAGUUCAUGAGGCUAUGGAAGUUUCGUUACUGCUACUGGGGCAGCAGCGGAAGCUUCGUUUUCACCUGGGGUUGGAGCCGGUUUCUGAAGGAGAAAGAGUUGAAAUCCAAGGAUGUGAUCUCCUUCUACGUAUGCAAGAGUCGAAAGGAGAAUGAAGUCCGGAGAUUCUGCAUGAUCGACGUGAACAAAUCCGGGAACCGUAGAGCGGUUUUGGUCGAAGAGAACAAUGUUGGUAUUGGAAGAGAAGUCGAUUUGCAGCUCCAGUUGGGACAGUUAGAUGGUGAAAAACAAGAACAAGGAUCAAUGGCAGCAGACAAAGUUAAACAAGAAGUUAAAAGUGAGGGAUUCAAACUAUUUGGUUUCCAUAUUAACCGAAGCUCAAAUCCAUGGUUUUUUUAACUAUCAGGACUGUAGCUGAAAUCAACAUUGCA